AUGCCACCUCGCAAAUCUACAUCCUCGGUGACACCCGCUGAUCCAGAUGAAUCCAUAAUCCAGCACUCACCCGCAGCACCGCAGGCUGAAAAGCCCAUCUUUGCGACAGAGCAGCAGUUAAAGGCUCGAGCUGAGGCGGGCACUAGUGUCGAGGACUACCUCCUCCCACGCUCAUUGACGAUCCGUCUCGCCAAGUCGGUUCUUCCGCCAAAUACGACAAUCCAGAAAGAUGCUGUGCUGGCAAUGCAGAAAGCCGCUACAGUGUUUGUUUCUUACCUGUCUUCACAUGCCAACGAUGGAACUCUUAAACGCACCAUCGGCCCUUCAGAUGUCUUCAACGCCCUCUCCGAGCUAGAACUCGACUCUUUCCGCAGCCGGCUCGAGCAGGAACUGGAGGCAUACUCGGAGAUCAAAGCCGGGAGGCGCAAGCCCAAGAAGGCUGAUGGAAAUGGGUCGACGCAGAAUACAUUAGAGGAAGGGGCUACACAAGCUGACAAUGGCGAUGUUGAGAUGCUCGAUAAUCCUGCGAAGAGAGUGAAACGAGAUGGUGAUGGAGAUCGGGAUACGGGCUCAGUUGGGGAUGGGGAUGAGACGCAGGACGAAGAUGUUGAAGAGGAGGAGGAUGAGGACGAGAGUGAGGAGGAAGAGGAGGAAGAAGAGAACGAACGUGGUCCACGUGAAGAUGAUCUUCAUUACGUGGAGGAUCUGGAUCGUGAGCCUGGAGCAAGGAGAGGUCCUUAUGAUCCUGAUGCUGGAGAGACGGAUGAGGAUGAGGAUGGGCCAGGUAGCCAGUUGAGGGAUGAUCUUGGGCUGGGCUAA